AUUAAAGAGUUAAUAGUUAUGUAUAAACUUCUACAAUGUUUGUAAAUAAUUGUCCUUGUAUCUAAUAUGAUAAUAGUAAAUAAUUAGAUUUUUUGUUAGGAAAGGGAUGAUAAAAAUGAUUCAACUAUCAUCAAAUUACUUUUUAUAAAAUCAUGGAUAUUUUUAACAAUAAGAACUUACGAUAGUAUACAAUUAGUGUUAUCUAAUUUGUGGUACGAGAAUCGGUACGUGUAUGGUGUACUCAAUUUCCUAAUUAGCCCAAAUGUAUACCACUUACUUGCAUGGAUAGCGAUUUAGCCAGUUAGGCAACGUUGUGUACAACUUUUUGUGAACCCAUUAGGUACAUGAUAUAGAUUUCAGUCUAAACAUCAUUAUAUGAUCAAUUAAGCUUGAACUCGAAUUUCAGUCUCUACAAGACUGCAACCACCUCAUCUGUAUCAACUUUGACAAAAAAGAGAGUAAUAUACCAUCUAUGGCUCCCAACAAGAUAGCUUCCAUGCUAGGCAGAAACAGUGGCAAAAAAAUCUUUGUUGUUCUUGCAUAUGCAUUUCUUGAAUGGUUUCUUAUUCUUCUCCUCCUCAUCAACUCUAUUUUCUCUUAUAUGAUCAGAAAAUUUGCUGGUUACUUUCAUCUUAAACAACCCUGCAUUUUAUGCUCUAGAAUUGAUCACUUACUAGAGCCUCUGACAACUACUGAUUCUUACAAAUCUCUGGUUUGUGAAAAUCAUGCCACUGAAAUAUCAAAGCUGGGUUACUGCUCAAACCAUCAUAAAUUCUCUGUAUUACAGCAGAUGUGUGAGGAAUGUUUCGACUUUAAGCCUACGAAUAAUGUCCCCUUCGAUAAGUCGAAAUGUACUGAGAAGACGUCGAGAUGUUCUUGCUGUGAGAAAAUCUCAAGCAAAAAACAUCCUCCUCUACAUUUCCCAUUAAGAGAAAUACAAGAGGAGGCCGAUGGGGAGGAAACAGAGUUUAUAGCUAAUGAUAUUAGCAAUCAGAGUGGUUCAGAAUGUGACCCUCAGAUCCUUUCCGAUGUUGGGAGUUUAUAUCUCAGAGAAGCAGCAGAAAAUGACAGUAAUGAAGAUGAUCAUGAAGUGCAGGAUCAUGCAGAGUCAGGUAUGGAGAACAUAAAACAUCUACGACACGAAGACAGGAUACUCCCCAUUGUAGAGGCAGAUCAUCUUUUGCUUUCAGCUGACGAAAGGAAUUCUAGUCUUCUGGAUGAGAAAAUUAUGGAUGGCAAUCACGACAUUUCCUGUGAAAUCAAACAACUCAAAUCUGAUCUUGAAGCUGAACAAAAAGCUAGAAAUGUGUUGUAUGGUGAACUAGAGGCAGAGAGAAAUGCUGCUGCAAUUGCUGCGAACCAGACAAUGGCUAUGAUAACUAGGCUUCAAGAAGAGAAAGCUGCAAUGCAAAUGGAGGGACUACAAUACCAAAGGGUGAUGGAGGAGCAAGCCGAGUAUGACCAAGAAGCACUUCAACUCUUAAAUGAGCUAGUGGCCAAGCGCGAGAGACAACAGCAAGAGCUCGAGAAGGAACUAGAUAUAUAUCGUGAGAGGGUUUCAGAUUACGAGGCUAAAGAGAAGACGAUGAUGCUGAUUCAGAAAUGCAAUGGGAAUUUCUCUUCUUCCUGCAGCAUUGACAAUGAUAGUGAUGUAUUAUCCAUUAAUCUAAACUGUCAUUAUAAUAAAGUUGAAGAUAAUAAUAUCUCUUGUUCCCCAGAUAAUGGAAACAAGGAUAGUACUCUAAUGGACUGCUCGAAGGAAUGGGGAGCAAUUGAAGAUUCACUCGAAGAGCUAGAGGAAGAGAGAAUGUCCAUAAUAAAUAAGCUUAAGGAGUUGGAAGAGAAGCUUCACAAAGGUGCAAAUCAGGAUGAAGAGUUGUUUGAGGAUAAGAAUAUUAAGUUAGACCCGAAUUCAGAGUUAUGCAGCAAAGAAGUUAAUUUGGUCUAUUCUUGUUUUUCUAACAGCAUAACAAGUGAAGAUUAUCCGAAAACUAUGGCUUCUGUUGCUCGGAAACUGCUUGAUCUCGUAGAAUCAGAUGAUGAUACCGAGAUUGAAGACACAGAACUAUCUUCUAAAGUCGGAAGUGAUAAGGAGCUUGAGAUUACUCGAACUGAAAACGAUAGUAAAAGGCUUGCAAUUGAGAAGGAGAUGGAUCAUGUAUAUGGCAGGCUACAAGCACUCGAGGCAGAUUCCGAGUUUCUUAGGCACUGUAUUGCCUCUGUGAAUAAAGGGAAUGAAGGGGUAAAUCUACUUCAAGAAAUCUUGCAACAUCUUCGUGAGUUAAGAGAUGCAGAAAUCUGCUUGUGAAGACGUAGUUGUAAUUCUGUGAAGUUGUACUAUCUCCUAUGUUCUUAAUCUUCCAUUUUCAGUUCCUUCUUAGUAAACAUUGAACAUUGAUAAUAGUUCAUUUUCUGACAUGUAAAAUUCACAUCUGAAUUCAGGUAAUCUAUGAAAUGAAACCCAAGUAUAGGAGUUGGAGUCCUUUUUUGACAA